CACCAGUGGCUCAUCAAUCAAUCUCCAAACUGUUGCUGUUUUCCGAAGGAUCAUAUCAGUUUGGAAAUGUCCAGCCAUCAUCAAUGCUUCAAUAACCCACCAACCCUAAACCCCAGCUACGGGGCAGGGAAAGUUGAGGAGCUUGCUGGCUUCCAAACCUACGUUACUGCCUCCCCUGACUCCAACCUCGCCAUCCUUCUCAUCCACGAUGCUUUUGGGUAUGAAGCACCCAACUUGAGGAAUCUGGCAGACAAAGUUGCGAGCUAUGGAUUCUUCGUGGUGGUGCCUGACCUGUUGUAUGGCGAUCCAGCUGAUCCGGGCAACCCUCAAUUUGACCGACAAGCCUGGCUGGCUACUCAUCCCACAGAGAAAGGAUAUGAAGAUGCCAAGAAAGUAAUUGCUGAGCUGAAAAGCAGAGGAUUUUCUGCAAUUGGGGCAGCUGGUUUCUGCUGGGGUGGGAUGGUGUUGGUGAAACUAGCAAGUGGUACUGAACUUCUGGCUGGAGUCAUACUCCAUCCUGGCCCUAUCACAGUUGAAGAGAUCAAUGCUGUCAGGAUUCCAAUUGCUAUAUUGGGUGCUGAGAAUGACCAUAUCUUCCCAGCCGACCAGUUAGAACAGCUUGGACAUGUACUGGCAACGAAAUCAGGACAAUUUGAGAGCUAUGUGAAGAUAUUCCCAGGCGUUUCCCACGGGUGGACGAUGAAGUACAAGGAAGAGGAUGAUUCAGCUGUGAAGGUUGCUGAAGAGGCACAUCUAGAUAUGCUGAAUUGGUUCCUUAAAUAUGUUGGAAAAUGAGUUCAGUGCCUCAUAUCUUUGUGUUGGAACUUUUGAAGGUAUACGGUUUAAUGAAAACUCAACUCUCUUGGCUAACUAGCUUGGAUCCAGUCCUUUGGUCGGAAUAAGGCCAAAUGGAAACCCAACGUUCUUAGCUUACUAGCUCGAAGGGAUCUCGAACCUUGUUCGUUGACCAAAAUAUUUAGGUUGUUUUUUUUUUUUUUUAAUUAUUUGAAGAUUUUGUUGCAAAUUUGAUAUUUGACAGUUUUGAUUCAUCGCGUGUAUAAAUUUAGUAAGUUUGA